GAUUUGGAGUGAUGAUAGAAAGUGUUAUUCGCCAAAAAAAAGUGGAAGAGGGGAAGAAUGCCUACUUGCUAUCUCUCUCAGAGCAAUUUGUGGAAAGAAACAGCCAUUUCGUGCGUUCAAUUUGUAGGAGGGGAUGGUGGGGAUUUAGGGUUUCAUAUGUUUAGAUCGGAAAAUGAUGCACGGAGGAUGACGGGUUCUAGAGAGACGAUUCGGGGUUCCAAAUGUCGAGCUCUUGAGAGUGACUUACGAGCUUGAGUCAUUGAUGUUUUCAUCGAAUAAGAAGAUGACUAGGUCCUUGUCGUUGGAAGUGUCAGUGACAGUCUCACAUCCACCUGGUCAGGGAUACGAGGAAAAGGCCAUCUCAACGGCUAACUCAGCCCCCGCCAAGUAUGCGGAACCACCCAAGGAGGAGACCUUUGUAGAUGUGAAAGUGAGCUCUUGUGUUGGAUUGAGGCAUUGUGAAAUGUGUGAGAAAGAAGUUCACGGAGAACAAUCUGUGUGUUGCAACUGGUGUCGUGCGGUGGUUUAUUGCAGUGCUCUUUGCCAGAAGCAGCACUGGAAGGAAACACAUAAAGGCAUGUGUGGCCUUUGCAAGGCAAUGAUGGAACGAGAAGAAGAGUUGGCAAUGAAAUUCUUUGUCUUCCCUUGUUCAGCUUUUCAGCCAUGUAAAUGGCUUGAAUCAUUGGAUAUCCACCACAAGGGGAUGUGGAGGAGAAAGUGCAGUUGCCAGUCCCACAUCCCUUACGGUCAACUUCCUGUUAAUGGUGGACUUUGGGAUUCAUCGGGUGGGCUGGAUGAUGAUGAGUACCCUCGUGAUUCACCUUUUCAUAAUCAUUUAGGGGAUGGGAUGUCGAGUCCGAUCCUUCUCUCUGGUUGGACAGAGUACUAUAACCGUCGAUCGCUGCCAAUGUCAAGCCCUGUUGCAGACAUUCUCUCCCACCCCUUGACAAUCUAUUACAUAUUAACAGCACUCAAUAUCAGUUCAAAGAACCUUUUGCUCAAAGGCAAAGAGGUGAUUCUUCACUACCAUGGGCCUGAAGGGGAGUUGGAUUGGAUGCCAGCAUUUGCUGAGAUUGGUCAUCUUCUUAAUGGGAUGAGCAAUAUACAGAUAGUAAUGGUGGGCCCUGGAGUUCCAAUGAAUUUGUCAGGGACAACUUCAGGGAUAAGUAGCAGAGUAAGGGUGAAUCUUGUGAGGGGACUUUAUCAGGAGGAAGCCACUUACCUAUCCUCACCUCAUGUAGUUUUGCACUCAACUGUGGAUUAGAGAAAUAUGCAAGUUGGGGUGGAGCCCUCAACUUAAUCAAGUCCAUGGGUGUUCCUGCUUCCUUCGCUGAUCAGUCUGGAAUUUCAUAUGCAAAUGCUAAACAAGUUCUUCGGAGUGCUGGACUGCAUAUUACUCAAACCUGUGACACCGAAUCCGUUCCGCUCACCAGUGAGGAAUAAUGGACCUUCUAGCAAUCUUCCCUCAUACAGCAAUGGUUUUGUGUUUGGAGUGAAUACAUGAUCUUGAAGCCAAGAGACUGAAUGAGAGUCUUUUCCUGUGAGUUUUGCCCUACUUUUAUAUGCUUGUUGUAAGGUAAUGACAAUGGUUUUCUGAUGAGAGAUGUAUGGAAGAAGUGUUUGUCAAUGAGGCACCGCAUUUAACAUAAUUUAUUGAAGCUUUUGUAAUUUUGCUCUUAAGCUAUGAUUACGUUGUAGUAGGGUUUAUUUAUGUUAUCAUUAUACACCUUGUUGUUGUUGUACCUUUUUUUAGAUUAUUUGAUACCAAUCUGCUGCUGUCCAAUGC